AUGACCAAACAGAACAUGGAGUCACAGUCUGCUACAAUCAAGCGUCUUGAGACAACCGUUGGACAACUCUCAGGGACUUUGAACCAGAUGCAACAGCAGCAACAGCCAGGGAAACUCCAUGGACAAGGAUUGCAACCUCAUCAAGCUCAAGCUGUCACAGUCUUACGAAGUGGGAAGAAGGUGGACAACAAAGUAGAGAUCCCCACUGACGAGAUCCCUAAAGAAACUCGUGAGGAGGAGAUGGUGAAAGAAUUACCUCCACCGAGAGAAGAAGAACAGCAAGGAGAGCCCUCAGAGCCACUUCACAAGGCCACCAAGCCCUAUAGACCUCCGAUUCCGUACCCAGGGCGGUUGAGGAAUGGGAAGCAAGACCAACAAUUCACCGACUUCUACAACAUGUUGGCAAAGGUGAAUGUUAACCUACCACUUCUAGACGUGAUCAGAAACGUCCCGGCCUAUGUGAAGUUCUUUAAAGAGCUGGCGUCCAAGAAGAGAAAGUUUGUUGACAACGAGAAGAUUCUUGUAUCCGAGGUUGCAAAUUCCAUCAUGCAACAGCCCUUGCCACCAAAGCAACGAGAUCCAGGUAGUUUUGUUAUCAAUAUUGCGUUGGGGAAUGGUAAUGAGGCCUCGGGUAUGCUUGAUUUGGGGGCAGGGAUUAAUUUGAUGCCGUACUCUAUUUUUAAACAACUAGAGUUAGGCGACUUAAAACCCACUCGAAUGUGCUUGCAAUUGGCAGAUAGAUCAAUGAGAAUGUGCAUUGAUUAUCGAGAGUUGAACAAACUGACGCUUAAAAACAAAUACCCUCUUCCAAGGAUAGAUGAUUUGUUCGAUCAACUCAAAGGAGCCAGUGUAUUCUCAAAAAUAGAUUUAAGGUCUGGUUAUCAUCAACUGAAGAUCAGACCAGAUGAUAUAUCUAAGACCACUUUCCGCACAAGAUAUGGUCACUAUGAAUUCAUUGUCAUGCCAUUUGGUCUAACCAAUGCACCGGCAGUAUUCAUGGACCUCAUGAAUCGAGUUUUCCAUCCAUACUUAGACAAAUUUGUCUUAGUGUUUAUAGAUGAUAUCCUCAUCUAUUCUAAGAAUGACCAAGAACAUGAAAAUCAUUUGAGAAUCAUCCUGGAGACAUUAAAGACGGAGAAGUUGUUCGCCAAAUUCAGCAAGUGCGAAUUUUGGCUGAAAGAAGUAAUGUUUCUAGGGCACAUCGUAUCAGCAGAUGGAAUUAAGGUGGACCCCGCUAAGGUGCAAGCAGUGCGCGAGUGGAAAUCACCAACCACACCUAAUGAAAUCCGAAGUUUCUUAGGUUUGGCAGGAUACUACCGGAGAUUCAUCGAAGGAUUCUCUAAAAUAGCGAGACCAAUGACGCAAUUACUUCGCAAAGGAAUCAAGUAUAAGUGGAACGAAGAGUGUGAAGCCAGCUUCCAAGAGCUGAAGAAGAAAUUGACAACUGCACCAGUGCUAGCAGUUCCCCCGGGAAAAGCUAAUGUAGUAGCUGAUGCUUUAAGUCGUAAAACUCAAUCCGAGACAAUUCAGACCCUUGAAGAUAUGUUGAGGACAGUGGUGCUAGACCGAGAAGGAAGUUGGGAAUCAGUGCUGCCAUUGAUCGAAUUCGCCUACAACAAUAGUUACCAGACAACCAUUGAUAUGGCACCUUAUGAGACGCUGUAUGGAAGGAAGUGUAGAUCACCACUUUACUGGGAUGAAGUGGGUGAAAGAAAAAUCCUUGGGCCAGAUGCAGUAAGCGAGAUGAUCGAGACCAUCCGCCAGAUUAGAGCAAGAAUUAAA